UUAACGUUGGCCCCCCCCUCGCGCCUGUCCUUCUGCCCUCCCCAUCCUACUCAGUUGGCCCCCCCCUCGCGCCUGUCCUUCUGCCCUCCCCAUCCUACUCAGUUGCCAUAAAUGGUGACUUAGACAAUACGGUCACAUGACACAUGAUGUGUCUUCUCCGUCGCCUCCCAUCUUCCUCGACGGUCGUUAACGUUGGCCCCCCGUAUUGCACACACCCUUCCCCAGUAGCGAAAUUUAUAGAAUUCUCCCUGUUCGUCGUGAAAUUGUCCUGGGUAUCCUAUUCACUCAGCCGCAACAGUCUACUAGUCAACAAAGAUAAUCAUCGAGCUGCUUGGUGUAUCCUCCGUUAUUCAACACGAUUGUCGCAACCAACAUCAUCGAGGGCUUUAAAAACCCGCAUCAGAGCGCAGCAUAUCUCAAGAAUCAUGCUUCAUUCCCUCUGGAAUUCUUCACCCGUGUCACGCAAGAGAUGCAGGAGCGUCUGCAGUGGUUCAAAAACACUAUCGAACAAAUUGAGCAGAAACUAUCUGCAUCGGCAUCUCAGUCUCAAAAUACACCCCAAGACAUCGAAGACUACCAAAACCUAUGAUCACUGGACCUCCGCCCAGAACUCCUUCAAGGGCGUUUCUGUCACGCUCGUCCACCAGUUUCAGACCGCCGCUCUUGCUGUUCUCAAGCAGAACAAUGUUCGUGCACUGGACCUCCGCCCAGAACUCCUUCAAGGGCGUUUCUGUCACGCUCGUCCACCAGUUUCAGACCACCACUCUUGCUGUUCUCAAGCAGAACGACGUUUGUGCACUGGACCUCCACCCAGAUUCACCACAGUUCAGCCAGUUCAAGAACUCCUUCAAGGGUGUUUCUGUCGCGCUCGUCCACCGGUUUCAGACCACCGCUCUUGCUGUUCUCAAGCAGAACGACGUUUGUGCACUGGACCUCCACCCAGAUUCGCCACAGUUCAGGCAGGGCAUUUCUGUCAUGCUUGUCCACCGGCCGGGCCUCGAAAAUAUCCAAGGAUUGGUUGCCAACGCUGGAAACUUUGAGUUUGAGAACACGACGGUCAAGGACUACUUCAAGAAAGCUUGGGGUCGCGGCAGCAGCAUCAUGGUUCUGUAUGCGCUAGUGUUUGGUUUGGCAGAUGGUAUCCUACGGUACUCACUCUUGUGCUCAGUAUGUAGUUGAAAUUCAGUGUGAUGCUUUACUAGUGUAGUCUACUAUGUGUUACGACAGUGCGGGUCAAUCAAAAUUGAGAGCCAAGUGAAUUUUAAAACA